AUGCCUGGGAUGUUUGAUGUUAACGUUGGUGAUAAUUUCUACAUUCGUCGAUCCGACGGCCAGACAUAUCCUGCGUGUGUGGUUGAAACUCGUCUUACAGAUUUCCUCCAAGUAGAGUACUUUGUUCAUUAUUUAGGAUUUGAUCGUCGACUUGAUGAGUGGGUUACACUCGACAGGAUCAACAUAAGUUCGAAAUUUAAUAGCUCUGCAACCCCAACUGACGUUUUGGGCGUACCAGGCCCGAGUGACAGACGUCUCACUCGCCACCAAAAACGUCGAUAUGAGGAAAUAUAUAGUUCACCAUCGGAACCUGAUUCAACAGAUAUCAUUUCACAGCGUCUGGAACGUGAGCACCAGGAGUUUACCCGUGUCAAAUUUAUUGACCUAAUUCGGUUUGGAAAGUACGAGAUCGGAACUUGGUAUUUCUCUCCCUAUCCUGAAGAGUACAGACGAAAGCAAUACUUGUGGAUUUGUGAGUACUGCCUUAAGUAUAUGAAAAUGGAAAGGACAUGGCUGCGCCACAUGCUCAAAGACUGUAGACAGCGUCAACCCCCUGGUCGUGAGGUCUAUCGUAAAGAGUCCAUCCGGGUGUAUGAAAUCAAUGGAUCUACGCAGAAACUCUACUGUCAAAACCUAUGCCUUCUGGCCAAGUUAUUUCUGGAUCACAAAACUCUUUACUACGACGUUGCGCCUUUCGUAUUUUAUGUUCUUUGUGAGUCUGACCCUUCUGGUUGCCAUAUCGUGGGUUAUUUUUCCAAGGAACGCGUCUCAGCUGAUAAAAACAACCUUGCUUGUAUCCUCGUUCUUCCUCCAUUUCAACGAAAGGGUUAUGGGAAAUUUUUGAUCAGUCUCAGCUACGAAUUAGCAAAGAUUGAAGGCCUCGUUGGAUCACCUGAAAAGCCACUUUCAGAUCUUGGACGACUCAGUUACAGGAGUUAUUGGGAAGGUGUCAUUUUCAAAUAUCUUCUUGAUUUUACCAACAAAUCUAUUGAAGAAAUCAGCUCAGCGACCUGCAUCGCCCCAGAGGACGUAAUUUGGACUUUAGAGUCACACCCAACAAUCAAGUACUGGCGCCACGGCCGGCACAUAGAAAUAAGUCACCGCGCACUGAAAGAGUAUGUAUCGCAGAUGGCGCAGCGAGACAAGGCCCGAAUGUCGGCAGGCCGAGGUGCAGGUGCCCCAUUAGUGGAAUUGGAUGUCUCGUGCCUCACCUGGUCGCCUCCCGCUUGA